UUUCAUUGGCUAAUCUGUGGCGUGUCGACCAAUUGACACUUCGUUUUGUUACAGUUGUGCAACGUAGACUGCCAUUUUGCGUCGUGUACAAAGUACGGAGACUGUGGAAUUUAUUCCUGCAGGUCUUCUGUUUAGAUUUGAAAGAUGUUUUUGUGGGACUGGUUUGCUGGCAUUUUAAAUUAUCUAGGAUUGCGUCAAAAAUCUGGCAAGCUUCUCUUGUUGGGAUUAGACAAUGCUGGAAAAACAACACUGCUGAGUGUGUUGAAAGCAGGCCAUAUCAUUCAGCCUGUUCCUACACUACACCCAACUUCAGAAGAAUUAUCAAUGGGAGGAAUGAGGUUCACAACAUUUGACCUGGGAGGUCAUCAGCAAGCCAGAAGAGUGUGGAAGGAGUAUUUUCCUGCAGUUGAUGGUAUUGUGUUCUUAGUAGAUGUAUGUGACAGACAGAGAUUUGCCGAGGCAAAAGCAGAAUUAGAUAGUUUACUGACAGAUGAACAAGUGGCCAGUGCCCCUGUUCUUGUUCUAGGCAACAAAAUUGACAAGGCUGGUGCUGCAAGUGAGGACGAGAUUCGUCACUGGUUAGGGUUACACGGACAAACCACAGGAAAGGGAACUGUGUCCAGAAAUGAGCUUCCUGGCCGUCCAAUGGAGUUAUUUAUGUGUAGUGUUCUGAAAAGACAAGGGUAUGGGGAAGGCUUCCGCUGGCUAGCUCAGUACAUUAACUAAAUCACAUAGCACAGCAGAGAAAUGGUGAACACAGCAUGUCCAUCAAACUUUCCACAGAGAGACAUCAAAUUUCUUAUAUAAAGUUAUUAUUGAGAUUGACAACUGGAAAAGCCAGCUCCUACCACCAGGGAGAGGCAGCUCUUUGUGAUAAUCAUGUCAGCAAUUUAUAAUGCAAAGUUCAUGUUUUUUAUACAUCUGCGAGACAAUACAACAUAGUUUUUCUCCCAUCUGAAAUGUUGUUAUGAAUUGCUAUUUCAAUUCCAUUUGAUUUUGAAGGGGAAACAUGCAAAGUAAAAAUAUUAUGUUAAAAAAUGGAUGUAUGUUGUAAAAAGAAAUUGAUAGAAAGCAGAUUUGUAAAUUAAUAGGUAUUUUUGCAGUAGAAAGCUUCAGUAUUUUGUUUUUCCCAAUGUAUUUGUUACCAGUUGUUACUUUAAUAACACGCUUGACACCAUGAGAAGUGUUCAUCAUUUUCACCAAAUAAAAUAUCAAAGCAGACACAAGUACUAUUAAAGCAACAAUUUUCCUAGUGUAUUUUUUUUUUCUUAUUUGGCAUAUGUUUCUGCAUAUCUUGUGAGAGAUCAUAGAAAAUUCAGUAUCUGCUUUGUUUUGUAACCAAUUAAUGCAGGCAAUGACAUCCCACUAUGUUAAAUAUUUAUAAAUGUCCUGCUACUCUAUGAAAGCCUGGGUGUAUAUGUUAUCAGUUUGUUGUGUUAGGAAUCUAUUUUAAGGAUGUUUGUUGUAGAGAACUGUAAGAGUCUGUUUUCUUAUGUUCAGCAACCCUAAAAUUUGUUUUCAGGACUGUGUUUUGACAGACGUUUUUUCAGUUAUCUGCAGUUCCGUUGAAGAUGCAUGAAUGUUUCUGUUUGUAAACUUGAAUGUUUAGGAUGAAUGAGAAUAAAAUGUCAAUAUUUAUACAUAA